AUGGCUGACUAUGACUACGCUCCGAGUGAUAUGAUCGAAACGCCUCUCUUACGUGCAGUAUCAAGUUCGAGACCUGUUGUUCGACCGGCGAAAAUGAAGAUAAGCGAUAUUAUCAAUGGGUUUGUGCAGAGGGUGAGAGAGGAUCAAGAUAUGAGAGUUUGCAGAGAGACGGCUUUGAGUGCAUUGCUGGCUGCUGCGAGUGAAGCAAAAUUAAGUGCCGAUUAA